AGUGUUGAUUUACCCCGAUUUGUUGACAAAAAUUGCAAAGAUUGCCCAUCCUUGAAGUACCAGAAUCGCCAUGCGGCCAAAGGAGCACCCGGACUUGCACUUGGAUGUGAUCCCCAAGAUGUACGAUCCUCACUUUAAGGUGUUUGUUACCAGCCUGUGUCAUGUGCAGAAGCAUCUUGAAAAGCUGCCGCGCCGGUUUUGCCGGAUGUACACCACAGAUGCGCUGGCCGCCCAGCUGCUUAAGUACCUGCAGCCGCUCAAGGCGAAUAUUACGAGGCAGGACUUCCAUGUGGUUGAGGAGGGCCAGCCCUUUCCACUAAUCCUCAGCGACGGAAAACGUCUGGAGGCGAUGCUCUGCUCCGGCAGUCAUCUGGGCCACAGCCUCAUCCUGCUCAUCCGGCGGCAGCAGGGAGGAAGAUUGCUCUACUGCUACUCGGCAAUGAGGCUCGAUAAUCUCGGCCGUUUGCUGGGCAACGCCGCAUUCAACUCAUGGAUCGCCGAGGGAACCGAGCAGCUGUAUCUCAAUCUCUCUGCUGUAAACGUGCCGUUUGCCCCUGUUGAUUUCGAUGAGAUGGCCAUUUCUAUCGAGGAUCAUGGAACUAUGAAUAACAACAGCGUGGUUCAUCUGGGUGUUCCGCUAUUUGGCUACGAGGAGAUGCUCUGGAGAUUGGCACACACGCGUCUCAAAGGACACAUCCGACUACAUGAAAAGCUGGCUGAAAGCUAUAAGUGCCUUAGUCCUGACCUGGAGCGUUUUCAGAGAAAUAACUAUAUUCCACGGGUCUAUGUCUACGGUUCCUUGGAGGACGCUAAGCUUAUUUGUCGACCGAGAAAUGUAGUUUCCUUAAAUAUAAAGGACCUUAAGUGGUCGCCGACACCGACGAGGAUGCAUCUUCGCCAGCUAUGCAGCUUGCUGCGACCGCAACACAUCCAGGGAAUUGUGCCCUUCCAAUCGGACGGUGUCAUUCCGCCCAUUCCGCCGUUCUUGAAGAGAUUUAAGGCAAACUACUCCCCGAAGAAUGAGAUCGCAGUAUCAAGAAUUCGUAAUUCUCCCCCCAAAACAGGGGAAAAACAAGGACCCUAUCGAGCUAUCCAGGCCAGAAGGGCCUUUCAAUUUGUUGACGACGGAGAAGAUAGCAGUGGUUCAAGUUAA